UCAUAGCAUCCGCCUCGUGACGCCCUCGGCCGCACGUCUCCAGCCUGCUGCGCCGCCGCGCCGCCGCCGACGCCUCGACUCGACGCGCGCGGGGCGGCCAUGCCGAUCCUGAACGCCGUCGCAGCCAGCGCGCCGAGCCACCACCAUCAUCCGCACCACCACGGCGCCGGCGUGUCGCCGCACCACCAUCCGCAUCCGCACCAGCUCUACCACGCGCGCAUCUCGCCCGGCCCCGCCAUGGCGGACCACGAGAUGCGCGGCGGCAUCUCGCCGCUGCCGGCGAUGAUGGCGUCGCCGCCGCACGCCGCGUCGGCCGCGUCCGGCGGCGCGGAUGCGGCCAAGUACGCCAGCUCGUCGCGCUCGCCACGCAUGCCGCCGGACGCUGCGCCGUCGGCCGACUCGUCGCCGGGCGUGUCGAUGCGCCAGCAGCACAACGGGCUGCCGACGCCGGCGCCGACGUCGAGCAGCGCCUCUGCACCCUCGUCGUCGAUGCACGCCUUGAGCGCCACGCCGCUGACCAGCACGUCGAGUCUGGCGCCGCCGCCGAGCGCACAGAUGCCGACGACUGCGGCGUCGCUGAUGCGUGAGGGCCCGCGCGACUUCACGCUCAUCAAGGAGGUCGGCGACGGCUCGUUUGGUACUGUCUGCCUGGCCGACUGGCGCAGCCCGCUGCCGUCGGGCACGCUGCUCAGCCCGAUGCAGCACCCGACGACGCGCCCUGAGUACGUCGGCAAGCGUCUCGUCGCGAUCAAGAAGAUGAAGAAGCCCUUUCCGAACUGGGACGAGUGCAUGAAGCUCAAGGAGCUCAAGUCGCUCAUCACGAUCUCGGCGCACCCGAACAUCAUCCCGCUGUACGACGCCUUUCUCAUGCCCGUCACCAAGGAGCUGCACUUCGUCUUCGAGUGCAUGGAGGGCAACCUGUACCAGCUGACCAAGUCGCGCAAGGGCCGGCCACUGGCGGGCGGCCUCGUGGCCAGCAUCUACCAGCAGAUCGUGCGCGGCCUACACCACAUCCACGAGCACGGCUACUUCCACCGCGACAUGAAGCCGGAGAACCUGCUCAUCACGACGACGGGCCUGGCCGACUACCCGGCCUCGUCGCCGUCGGCGCCGGCCAACGCGCCGCCCGAGCGCGACGUGCUCGUCAUCGUCAAGCUGGCCGACUUUGGCCUGGCGCGCGAGACGCUCAGCCGGCCGCCGUACACCGAGUACGUCUCGACGCGCUGGUACCGCGCGCCCGAGGUGCUGCUGCGCUCGCGCGACUACUCGAACCCCGUCGACAUGUGGGCGCUCGGCACGAUUCUCGCAGAGCUCGUCAACCUCAAGCCGCUCUUUCCGGGGCAGAGCGAGGUGGACCAGGUGCUGCAGAUCACCGAGGUGCUCGGCGAUCCGAGCCCAGACUACGGCGUCGACGAUCGGGGGCGCGUGCGUGGCGGCGGCGAGUGGCUCGGCGGCGUCAAGAUGGCGCGCUCGGUCGGCUUCACGUUUCCGAAGGCCAAGCCCUUCACCUUCUCGUCGCUCUUCAGCUCGCGCGUGCCGUCGGCGUUGGUCGACUGCAUCCAGGACCUGCUGCGCUACGACCCCAAGGCGCGGCUGACGACGCAGCAGUGCCUCGACCACACGUACUUUACCGACAUCGCGCCACGGCUCCUGCCACCGGUGGCCAAGGCGCCGCCCAGUGCGCCGGCGCCAACGACACAGGUGCCGCGAGCACAGCUGCAGCCGCUGCCUGCGGAUCGCAUGGCUGUCGACCCGUCAUCGCCACGGCGAGACGUGCCGCCAUCGCACUCGGCAGCGCCACGUUCGGCGAAGGUGCCAUUUGGCGCCACGGGCGUCGACCCGCGGCAGCUGCAGGCUGUGCGGGCGCUGCAGCAGCAGGUGCAGUCGCAGCAGGCACAGGCACACCAGCAGCAGCCGCUGCAGCAGCACGCUCAGCCGCAGCAGAACGGCGCCCGGGCCGCUGCUCCGGAACAUCGCGUCCCCUUCUACCCGCAGCAGCAGCAACGACAGCCGCCGGUGCAGCCUGCGGCACGCGACUCGCCGAUGCAGAUCGUCGGCUCUCCGAUGCGAGAGGAUGCGCAGACAUCGUCGUACGCCACGCAGUGGGCGCCGGCGCCUGCCUCAAAGCCGCGCGAGCAGUACGCCGCGUUUCCGGACUCGGCCUCGACCUUCGCCGGCAGCCACGCGUCGAUGCAGUUCGACGACGUGCCGAUGCAGAUGGGCGAGCUGCGCGAGGCGCACGGCUCGUCGUCGACGCUGCGCAGCUCGCAGGAGGAGCAGCAGCAGCAGGCAUACCAGCAGCAGCUGUACAUGCGGCAACAGCAGCAGCACCAGCAGCAGCAACAUCAGCAGCAGCAACAUCAGCAGCAGCAACACCAGCAGUAUCAGCAACACCAGCAGCAACAGCUGCGGCAGUUCUCGGGCAUGGCGGCGUCGACGAGCCAGCGCACCGUGUACGACGACGAGCUCUCCAUGGCGCUGGCGCAGGGCGAACGUGCCGACUCGCUCGGCCAGCUGCGGCAGCCGUCGCUGGCGCGCGCGACUACCGACGCGGACACGAGCCAGGAGACACACGUGUCCGUCGAGCGGCGGAAGAGCGGCAAGAGCGGGUGGGGCGGCAUGUUCUCGGGCAAGACGGACGGCGCGCCGCUCAGCGGGACGGCACGAUCCUUCGACGAGGCGCGGGCGCAGCAGCUGCAGCAGCAGCAUCCGCCGAUGCCCGGCGUCGCGCCAACGCCUGCGCAGCAGCUUGCCGCCGAGCACGCCGUGCCGAAGGACCCAAAGCGCGCACGCAAGGAGGCGGAGAAGGCCGUGCGCGAGGCGGAAAAGGCAAAGCGUGCGGCUCAGGAGAAGGCGGCACGCGACCGCGCACGUGCGGUGAUGCAGAAGCGCAACCAGAUCCUGGCGUCGAGCAACAACCGCGACCAGGUCGAGUGGCUCGAGGGCCCGAGCGACAAGUCGCGAGGCAAGCAGCCCAUGCUGCAUUCGCCCGCGCUGCCGCGCGUCGCCGGCUCGGAGUACAAUGGCGGCCUCUCGCCGCUUGGCCCGGCCUUUGCGGCCGGUGGCCACCCGUCGCCAGGCAUGGGCCUGGCACCGCCGUCGGCACUGUCUUCGGCGUGGCAGCCUCGCUCCGGCGAUCGCUCCAAGCCGCGAGCGGGCGACGAGCACUCGGUCAACAGCUUCGAAGACCUGCCGGACCCGCGGCGCGUCUCGCUGCAGUCGUUCGCCACGGGCGACUCCGACCCAGGGCCCGGCCGGCCGCACAUGAACCCGCGGCCAUCGUACCUGCACCGCCAGAGCUCUGCGUCGUCGCUCUCGAGUGCGCCGAGCCUCGUCGAUGCGUCGGGCCGACGGUACAUCGGCUCGCUCGAGGCGGCGCGGCAGGCACACGACAACCGCUCGCUCAGCUCGCUCGAGUUCCAGCUCGAGAACCUGACGGCCGCCGAGCGGCGGCAGCGCACGCCCGGAAAUGUCUCGCCGGGGCCUUCACACCUCGCCGGCAGCCGACCGUCGGCCAGUCGGCAGUCACAUGGCAGCCGCACGGGCUCAGCACACCGGCAGGGCUCUGCCUCGCCGCUGCACCACUCGUCGCUGCCGCGCUUCCACCCGUAUGGCACGGCCAGCUCGGUGGGCUAUAGCUCGCAGCUACCGCCGCUCUCGUCCAUCGCCGCGUCGGGCGCCGGCUCGGUGGCGGCGUCCGACUACACCGGCGGCGCCGGCGGAGCACCGCCCACGCCGGGCCGGCCGCGCUCCAAGUCGCGCACCACGGCGGCGCGCGGCAUGUCGCGCGGCAGCGCGCACUCCAACACCGACGGCCCGAUGUCUGCGUUCGCCUCGCCCGCACCGCACCUCGCGCCGCUGCACUCGGUCAGCGGCGGCGGCAUCAACCCGAUGUUCCACGUGCCGAAGCCUGCGGGUGCGGCAGCGAUGAGCCCAAGCGGCGCCGCAGGAGGCGCGGCCGGGCAACAGCAGCAGCAGGUCAUGCUGCCGCCCUUUGCCGAGCUCGUCGCCUCCGCCACCGAGCAGCCGGGCGCCAGUGCCAACGGCUUCAUGGGCUACGGGCGCGGCGCCGGCGAGCACCACUGAGGCCCGAGCAGCUGUCAGCCUGUCUUUCUUCGUGGGCGCCGUCACGCGGCGCUCCUAUUUCCCCUCUGCGCCGGCCUAUGCGCCCGCCACGACCCUCUCUG